CGAGAGAGAUCCUUUGGCUUUUCCACCUUUCGCCUCCCUUGUCCACCACCCGUCAAGCCGACCUUGUUACCCCAUUUGGCCAAGAUGACUAGGCACCCCCAAUAUGAGAUCACUGUAACUCGGUUCUGUACCAGGAGGUAUUAAACCCCAAGUUCUACCCCGUCCCAUCAUCCAAUGUCCACCAAGGGUCCUUUUUUACCGCAUUUCUUUUACAUUUCUUUGCCAGUUCGCGUCUUACAUUUUUUCCAUUGAGUGAAAAAAAAAACAGCCAAGAUCCAAUCGGCAAAUUUUGGUCUAGGAUCCUCCAGACAUAUCCCUCUGGAGUUGCUCGCGGGCACUAUAAACAGUCCCCGUGAAUCUCAAUCCAGGACCAAAAGGCCGAUCAAGCAGCCGACAAAAUGUCCGACUUUGAGAAGGAGAAGCCUCAUGGCCUCGAGGCCGAACAGGCGGGCAGCAUCGAGUCCCCAACGACGACACGGGCCCGGCCAGAGGACUUCAACUUCACCCCUGAGGAGCAGAAGAGAAUCAAACGGCGCAUGGAUCUUCGAAUCGUCACCACCCUAGGUUUCAUGUACUGCGUUUCGCUCAUGGACCGCACCAACCUGGGAGCGGCCAGUAUUGCUGGCAUGGACAAGGAACUGUACCUCAACAUCGGAGACCGAUACAGCAUCAUCACUUUGGUCUUUUUCAUCACAUACACGCUAUUCCAACCACCAUCGACAGUCAUUGUGCGUGCUGUCGGGCCGCGCAUUCAUCUUGCACUCAUCACCGCGCUUUGGGGUGCCGUGAUGAUCGGUAUGGGCUUUGCUCCCGACUGGGGCGCGAUGGCUGGACUCCGUGUUUUGCUUGGCCUCCUCGAGGCUGGGUUUUUCCCUAGCUGUGUCUAUUUGCUCAGCACCUGGUAUACCAGAUACGAGGUUGGCAGACGUUACUCCGUCUUUUACCUCAUCGGAUGCGUUGCAAGCGCCUUCAGUGGUAUCCUUGCUUUUGGUCUGAUGCAAAUGGCAGGCCUUGGUAAUCUCAGUGGAUGGCGCUGGAUUUUCAUCAUCGAGGGCACCAUUACCUGUCUUCUGGGUAUUGCCGGCUACUGGCUGCUCGUCAACUUCCCCGACUCGACACGAUCAAACUGGAGCUUCCUGGGCGACCGCGAGCGGGCGUGGAUCGUUGCCAAGAUCGACGCCGACCGCGGAGACGUCAAGACCCAGCCCUUCAGCUUGAAGAAGUGGCUCGGUGGCGGCGCCGACAUCAAGAUCUGGCUGUACGCCUUCAUCUUCUUCAACUCGACCACCAUCACCUACUCGCUGGCAUACUUCAUGCCCAUCAUCCUCAACCUCAGCCUUGGCUUCGACGUCGGUACGUCCCAGUGCCUCGUCGCUCCCCCCUACGUCUUUGCUGGCAUCAUCAUGUUUGCUGGCGCGGCCAUCGGCGACAAGUACCACGUGCGCGGGCCCAUCAUCGUCUUCAACAUGCUGCUCUGCGUCAUCGGUCUGCCCAUCCUCGGCUUCCACGCCGACGCCAAGGUCCGAUACUUUGGCAUCUUCCUCUGCACCGCCGGAGCCAAUGCAAACAUCCCCGCCGUCAUGUCGUACCAGGCCAACAACAUCCGCGGCCAGUGGAAGCGCGCCUUUUGCAGCGCCACCUUGGUCGCCAUGGGCGGCAUCGGUGGCAUCGCCGGCAGCCUGGUCUUCCGCAACCAGGACAAGCCCGGCUACAGGCCGGGAUUGUACGCCUGCAUCGCCUGCGCCCUCUGCAACAUCCUCUGCGUGGGCAUCCUCUCCAUCCUCUUCAAGAGGGAGAACGGUAAGGCGGACAACGAGGGCAAAGAGCUCGAGUGCUCCGCGGACGACGACUUCCAGCCUGGGUUCAGGUACACCUACUAAAAGGGAGAUUUUGAUGACUGCAUGGGAUGACAACAUAAAAGAAAAUGUGUAUUUACGGCUUGAUUCUUUCAUUUGAUAUACUCUUUAAGCGUGGAAAGAAGGUCUCAUUGUUAGCGCGCUAUGAUUCCUAGGAAUUUACAUGAAUUGAUCUUGCAAGCCCUUCUCACCAGAAAUCUACAGUAUGUUUUGUUGACAUAUCUUGAGCGUAACGUAUCUCCCUGUUUUUGCUAGUCAAAUUCCAUAAACCAUCAUUCCAAUUUCAAC